GUUGAGAGUCCGAGCUUUCGCUCGCGCAGUCAUAGUGGCGCGUGUUGUUACGCUUCUUUGCCGCUUUGUUUGUGAAGCACGAGUGCGGAUGAACCACAGGACACCAUCAGGACCGCUGAGUCUCGGAUGAGACGUGGAUACUUUUUAGUCCAUGUUCAGACUUGGCUGCUUUCUCGACUGCUGGUUAAUGGGCCGGACGAGAACUGUGAUCCUCCGUGGGCUGGCUGCGAGUGUCCCGGCGAGACGAGACGCACCAAAGCGGCGGAGGUGUUCCCAGUCCACCUCCUUCUAACCCGGGUGACGCGACUCUUCUCCGCUAUGGAUCCAUUGGUGGCUACUGAUGCGGACCUGUGCGCUCAGACUCUCUAGCUCCGAUGGUUCGGAGUGUUCAGGAGGACGGGCUUCUUGACUUUCACGUCUGUUUUCACGUCUCAUCUGUGGAAGUUAACGACCUUCUCUGAGACCAUCUCUGCCUUCAUGCUCUCCGUGAUCCAAGUUGGCGUUUAGUGAAUUCCGAUUGACUUCCCUGAACCGCGCCGAGGAGAAGAUGAACCUGUGUAUUGUCGGUCUACUGCUCACCUUGGACCUGGCCACCGUGGCGCUCAGCCUGUCGACCUGCAGCACUCUGGAUAUGGACCAGUUCAGGAAGAAGCGCAUCGAGGCCAUUAGAGGGCAGAUCUUGAGCAAACUCAAGCUCACCAACCCCCCGGAGGAGUUCCCCGAGCCCGAAGAAGUGUCCCGGGACAUCGUGGCCAUCUACAACAGCACCCGGGACCUGCUGCAGGAGAAAGCCAACGAGCGCGCGGCGACGUGCGAGAGGCAGCGGAGCGAAGAGGAGUACUACGCCAAGGAGGUGUACAAGAUAGACAUGCAGCCCGUCUACCCGUCAGGGAAUGUCAUCGCUCAUAAUCACUUCAACCCUUACUUCAGACGACUAACCUUCGACGUGUCAUCGAUGGAGAAGAAUGCUUCCAACCUGGUGAAGGCUGAGCUCAGAAUUUUCCGUCUCCAGAACCCCGUUGCCAGAGUAUCUGAGCAGCGCAUCGAGCUGUACCAGAUCUUGGUGCACAAAGACCCAGCAUCUCCAACACAACGCUAUAUUGACAGCAAGGUUGUGCGGACACAGACAGAGGGGGAGUGGUUGUCUUUUGAUGUGACGGAAGCAGUCAGUGAAUGGCUUAAUCACAGAGACAGAAACAACGGAUUCAAGCUCAGCCUUCACUGCCCAUGCUGCACCUUUGUCCCUUCAAAUAACUACAUCAUCCCGAACAAGAGCGAGGAGCUUGAGGCCCGUUUUGCAGGUAUUGAUGACAGUUUCAUCCACGGUGGUGACUUGAAGGUAUUCAAGAGGCAGCGGCAUAGCACUCGUGCUCCUCACCUUCUCCUUAUGCUCCUUCCCUCCUAUCGACUGGAGUCUCAGUCCCACCACAAGUCCCACCGGGCCAAGAGAGCCCUGGACGCUGCCUAUUGCUCCCGAAAUGUGCAGGACAACUGCUGCCUGCGUUCACUCUACAUUGAUUUUAGAAAAGACUUGGGCUGGAGAUGGAUCCAUGAGCCGAAGGGCUAUGAGGCAAACUUCUGUGCUGGCGCUUGUCCUUAUCUGUGGAGUGCAGACACACAACAUUCCAAGGUCUUGGGCCUCUACAAUACCAUCAACCCAGAAGCGUCUGCAUCGCCCUGCUGUGUGUCCCAGGACCUGGAGCCCCUCACUAUUUUAUACUACAUUGGCAAGACUCCUAAAAUAGAGCAACUCUCCAACAUGAAGGUCAAGUCCUGCAAGUGCAGCUAGAUCUCAGUCUACAGUAGCAUCAACACUUCAGCUGGUAACAUAACACAAACAGGCGUGGGAAGCCCGGUGAACUCAAGCAAGAAUCUUGAUGGUGACACCAUGUAAUUCCUGACCUGUUCACAGGGCUCAGUGUUUUACUGAAAAAGCCCAAACCUGGACUGAAGAGCGAGGAACUUUCCCUCUUUAAAACUGCACAGUGAGGAGCAGCGAUCAUCUGAGGUGGAAAACGGAGCGCUGAUCUGCAGUUUACUUGAUGCUGUUACUGAAAUAGUGUGUGUUGCCUGGCCACACACUCCUGUGAACCUGGCAGGUCCAAUUAGGAAACAAAAUGUUUAAAAAGCCAGUGAUAGAUUUGAGAGACACUGGGAUGAAGAGGCCCGAUUUAGCAUCUUCUCGUCAACGUUUAUGAAAUCAUACCUGUCUUUGAAGUCUUGAUCACACAUAUAGAACAUCGUACUGUUUAAAAAUGGCAUCAUUGACUUUAAAUGUAUUAUUUCUUUUCAUGGAACUUCUCUUGUGUAUCAUCAUCAUGUUAAAAAACCUACUUGAAUCAAAUCCCCUGGCAGGAUCUCUUGGCAUUUCCCAUAAUGUUUGGCUCCACUAAUCCUCAAUCUUUUUAUUAACUUACAAAGCUUUACACUCCCGGGCGUCUCGUAUACUUUUCUCAAACUAUGCGCAUGAUCAAUUGAUACUCAUUCAUUAAUGAGAUUGGUGGAAUCCAGAGGAUUUAAGUUAAGCAACCGGAGCUGAACAAAUAUGUGGAACAUGAUACAGCAUUUAUCUGGACUUCAGUGUGGUGCAAGUGUUUGGAUAUAGAUUUUACCUUUUGCUGUAAUCCUGUAACGACAUUUAAGGAUGACAAUGCGUUCGGACAUUGUGGUCAGUUAUUGUGUGAUCUCGCAGAAGCAACUUGGGAAAGGACUUUGCAUUGGGACUUGAUUUUGUCAAAGCUGCAACACAGAUCGUUUGCUCCAGAGAAUUUGUCUUCUCGCAGUCUAUGUGAAAUGAACAGCCAAUUCUGACUGUGUUGGAUCACAUGAUCUCUUAUCAGCUCCUCUUAUAGGUUGCCUUCCUGACUGCUGGCUGAAGUGGCACCAGACCUUCACACAUAGCAAAGAUCCACAGCAGUGUAUGUGUGAUAGGGAGCAAGUGAAGACGUGAAUUAAAAUGGAGAAGUGAAGCAGAAGAUAAAGUGCUUGUAUUUAGUUUGUGCUCACCAACAUUGUUUUGGACCCUGAAUAAUUUUCCACUCUCUCAGGAAUGUGUGACAGAAAUGUAAAAUAACUUGGACUACAGACACUCAUUCUAGUCUCAGAUCAUUCAUAACUGAUUUCUGUGCCAUUGCAGCCCUGUGAAUAACACUAGGAGACUGAGAACCCCAAUAGACAAAUGCUGUCGGAGUCUGGGCCUCUAUGGUCCCAAUGUAUGUAUACAUGGAUGUUCCUCACCAGGAGUAUUGCCAUACAGACAGGCCUGCUGCUUAUCAGAGGAUGUUUUGAGAGGAAACGUAUGUAGUUGUUGUUAGAGAACUGUCCAGUUGCCUGAGUCCUAGGUGUCCGACGGAUGACUUGAUGGAUAUGCAGACCUCUGCAGGCAUUAUGUCACACCCAAGUUAAAACACUGGAAGUUUUUGUCACGUGUCUCCAUGCAAAGUCGCUUUAAAGCAGGCUUCAAAUUGCUUCAAAUAGCUUCAUUUCUCUUAUUCAUUUCAGUCUAUUAAAUGGCCAGAUAGCUGUGCAAGGUUGUGCUACAAUGGCUCCUUAACACUGCGAAAGGAAAAAAAAAAGCUACAGUAGUCUUUGUUAAAUAUUUCUCGACCUUGUUCAGGGUGCACUCUGUUGUGUAAAUUCCUCACGCGACUUUGUAGCAAGUAGUUUUAUUAUUGUUUCUUAUGAAUUAUGAUUUUUUGAUGAAAACAAGUUCAUUGUAUUCUUAAGGAGUUGUCUUGAACAGCAUCACUCCCCAUGACCUGCAGCUGGUAUUUUAAAGCCCAUGAAAGUUGUUUUCAUGAUCUUUUAUGAUGUGCCUUGACAAAGGAUUGUUUUCCUUACUGCAGAACGACAAGAACAGUUUCAAUUGUUAGUCCUGCUGAUUUGUUAGCGUUAAACCUGGACAGAUGUUGCUCUCCACCAUGGGAAUGACACCAUGUGUUCAGAUUCCUUGUUCAAUAUGGACAAACUUCUCCAAGGGUGUACAUGACAAUGAUUUGGCAGAGGUGGAAAACUGCCUUCAUCAAAACAUUUCUCUCUUUUUUAUUGUUUCCCCUAGUGAAAUCAACCUAAGAUCUUUGAUGAUAGGGGCCCGGUUUCCAUCUGUUCCACCUGUUCUUGCAAGCCUGCUCACGAGAGGACCAUCCCUGCUGUCCUCCUUCACCAGAGAGACUUUUACGCUCCUCAUUGUAACUGACUCAGUCCUUUCGCCAUUGGCUCUCAACUGGUCUGGCUUUGGGCCCAAACAUCACCCCUUAAUGAGGAGCUGCAACACUGUUGUAUUUAUUCAAGUAUGUCCAAAGAAAGAAAUAAUUAGCACACUAUAACAUUUUUAUGAUUGACCAAAACCACAUAUUAGUGGGUCAGUAGAUGAUGAAAAAGCGUUUUGCUUUAACUGCUUCUAUCCAGGCCUCUGUUGAAUUUGGUUAACCACUUGGAUGCAGUGAUGCCAUGGCUUCCCAAUGAACAAUGUAAGCCAAUAAAAUGCAUUAUUUUCUCUGUCCAUGCAAAUCGUUUAGCUUUCAUGCGACCUUUUGUUGUUGUUUUACAGCGUGCAAGAGUGUGAAUAGACUGGGGCAGAGGGAAAAUGGUACAAAUCAACCAUUUUUAACAAUCACAAAGUCACAUCAUUGUAGGUCCAGCAAACAACACAGACAAACACUCACUCUGAAUAUACAGGUUUAAUCGGUCAAGAGUCACAAGUGCAGGACUGACAGAGGUCCAAUAGAGUCACUGAUACCCCACCCUGGCUGUUUUCUGUCAUCACAUAGAAUCCCAAUUUCUAAGAAAAGGUUGAUGUAUUUUGCCUUAAGAAUGUCCAAGAUUAUGCUUGUGUCUACACAAAGUUGCACUGAUGCUGUUCUUUAGGUUCUACUUCCUUCCUUUGACUGUGGAAGCCUCUUCAUCUACAGACGACUCUGUUAGGCUCUUGCUUAUUUCAUGCAUGGAUCAUAAUGAAAGAGGAGCUGAAGGUUUGUCAGAACAAAGCUGUUAUUUCAAUGUUCAUUAUUUUUGUUCUUUUGUUGUUGAAGAUGUUGUAAAUCACAAUGCUAUAAAUUAUU